UCUUCUGCUCUCCAGAGUAAAAAUGGUGGAUUAUGAAGUAACAGUAUCCACUGGUAAUCUCCUCGGUGCCAGAACUUUUAACAGUGUCUUUAUUAAACUGGUGGGCGAAAAUGGGGAGAGCGAACGCACGUGCCUCAUGGACCACAAUUUAUCUUUCGGCGGAGGAGCAGUGUGUUCUACAGUGUCCUGCCCAGUCUCCAUUGGAAAGCUGGUCCUGAUAGAGCUAGACAAACAGCCUCUCCCGUUGUUCCCAGAAGACGUAUGGUUUCCUGCCAAGGUGGAAGUGAAAUCCCCUGAGGGAGACACCUACAACUUUCCCAUCUACCACUGGAUCUCUGACAGCAAGGUGCACCGUUUCAGAGAGGGAACAGCUCUGACAGUCUUUGAAGACAACCAUCAUCUUGGCAGGUACAGUCGGCAGCAGGAGCUGAAGCAGCGAGAGCAAGACUAUCGCUGGGAUGUGUAUGUAGAGGGAAUACCUCACUGCAUAAAGGCAGAAAACCCUCUUUCUCUGCCCUGUGAGGUCCGCUUCUCCUUCACCAAGACUACAGAAUUUCGCUACACCGCAUUCACAAGCCUGACUGAGCUGCAACUGAAGGGACUGGCUAAUUGCAAGAAGAACUGGACUAAUAUUCAAGAUAUCAGUCAGGUGUUCUGCUACAAACGGACUGACAUAUCAGACUAUGUCAAGGAACAUUGGAAGGAGGAUGAUUUUUUCGGCUACCAGUAUCUGAAUGGUGUCAACCCCAUGCUGAUCCGACGUUGUACAUCUCUGCCUGAUCAUUUUCCGGUCACUGAUGGCAUGGUCUUCCCCAGUGGUCAGUGUAGCUUGAAAGAUGAAAUGAAGAAAGGCAACAUUUUCCUGAGUGACUACAAGCGUUUGGAUGGGUUGACAGCAAACACCAUCAAUGGGAAGAAGCAGUACUUGAUGGCUCCGCUCGUCCUUUUCCACAAGACACCUGAUGAUAAACUGAUGCCCAUUGCUAUUCAGCUGAAGCAGACUCCAGCAGUGGACAAUCCCAUCUUUUUUCCUACUGAUUCUGAGUACGACUGGUUGAUGGCCAAGAUUUUUGUGAGAAGUGCAGAUUUCAGUGAGCAUCAACUCAACGUUCACCUGCUGUGCACUCAUCUGCUGGCUGAAGUUUUUGCCGUGUCACUGCUGCGGAAUGUGCCCAUGGUGCAUCCACUGUACAAGCUUCUCAUACCUCACACUCGCUACACUCUGCAGAUCAACAACUUGGCUCGACUUCUUCUAAUAUCUAAGACUGGAGUUUUUACACAGUUUGCAGCUUCUGGUGGAGAGGGUAUGAUGACAAUCCUGAAGAGAUCACUGUCCUCAGUGACCUACAGCUCCCUCUGUAUACCAGACGACAUUGCUGAGCGUGGGCUGGAGGCUGUGCCCAACUUCUAUUACAGGGAUGAUGGACUCAAGCUUUGGGAUAUUAUCCACAGGUUCGUGGAGGGAGUGCUCAGCUUCUACUACAAGAAUGACGCCGAGGUCCAGCAAGACUCCGAACUGCAGAAGUGGAUUCUGGACAUUUUUAAAUAUGGAUUCCUUUCCCAAGCAUGCACAGGGAUUCCACAGAAAUUUACCUCCGUGGCAGAGUUGGUCAAGUUUGUCACCAUGGUGAUCUUCACUGGCUCAGCACAGCACUCUGCUGUGAAUUCUGGACAGUAUGACUACGGUGGCUGGAUGCCCAACACUCCCAUCUCCCUGCAACUUCCUCCACCAACCACAAAGGGGACGACAAGCGAGGCCACGAUGCUGCAGACAUUCCCUGACAUCAACACAACAGUUCAGGGAAUGGCCACCUUGUGGCUACUCAGCAAGGACUCCUCUGACUUCGUCCCGCUUGGCCACUACCCAGAGGAUCAUUUCAGUGAGAAAAUUCCCUGCCAGCUGAUAAUGGAUUUUCAAGAAGAGCUUGAAGUGUUAAGUGUAGCCAUCAAAGUCAGAAACCAGAGUCUGGACGUCCCGUACACAUACCUGGAUCCAAUGGAGUUAGAAAAUAGUGUGGCCAUUUGAGUAUGAGCUGUUCAGUUUCAUAGGAACAAAAGUGAGAAAGGUAGGAACUGCCUGUUCUGAUACUGACUGAUACUAUAGUGUAAAGAAACUACUGCAUGUGACUGAUCUGUGAUUGUUAUACAGCCAACUUGGUCAAAAUGUACUGUUCUAAAUGGUAAUCCACAUCUUAAAUCUUCUUAGCUUGUCACUGUAUACACAUUGCAUCUAAUCAAAUGAAAUCACUGUAGGAAAAAUAUUAUUUUGUAUAAUGAUUGUAACACUUUAGAAGUAAAUUGUGCCUUGACAUAAUGAAGCAUAAAUAAGUGUAGGGACCUAUGUUUGGCUAAAUUUACUAUGUGUAAUGUGUCUGUAUGUUAGAAAAUAGGCUGAAAGGAAUACAAAACCUCUGAGUGUUUCAUCUCAUGUGAAAACAAGUAUGGAUCACCUAGGGCAUACUAUGUUUAAUUCUGUAGAAGAAAGAAGGUUCCUGUCACCAGAGAAAUAAAUAUUGCAGCCCUGUUCUUGCUGCAUGUAAUGAAGAACAGAUUCAUAACAUCAGUGUUGGAUGUCUAUCCUCUCCAAAAAAGAUGAGUUUUCCUCACAAUUACAAAUGUAAAAUGCAAAAUAUAAGGUUGCAUUGUUUCUUAGAAAAGAAAAUA